AUUUUAUAUUUCCUCUCUGUCAUUUUCUCUAUUUACAUUAUUUGUACACUUGAACUACUAAAUCAUUUCGAACAAGAAUGGUUAAAACCAAAAAUCAAAAAUCAAAACCUACUAGACAAGUGAAGCAAUCGCAUAGUAAAAAACGUGGAAAGGAAAAUGAUAUAUCUGAAUUUCGGGCUCAGCUAGAUGUCUUGGGGUUGAAAAUCAUUCAAGUGACUGCCGAUGGUAAUUGUUUCUUCAGGGCAUUGGCUGAUCAACUGGAAGGCGACGAGGAUGAAUACAAUAAGUACCGGUGUAUGGUAGUCGAAUUUAUUAGGAAUAAUCGGGAGAAGUUUGAGCCCUUUAUUGAAGAUGAAGUGCCAUUUGAUGAAUACUGUAAGUCCAUGGGCGAGGAUGGCACUUGGGCUGGACAUAUGGAACUGCAAGCUGCUUCUCUUGUCACUCAUACUAACAUAUGCAUUCAUAGACACAUGUCACCUCGCUGGUAUGUACAAAAUUUUGAUAAACGUGAAGCUCGGAUGAUUCAUCUAUCUUAUCAUGACGGAGAGCAUUACAAUAGUGUUCGAUCUAAGGAUGAUACUUGCUCUGGACCAGCUAGGCCAUUUGUUAUCAAGGCUGAUGCAGAUCUUUCCGUGACGUCUAAUCAAGCAAAAGGAAAUGCCACAAAGUCUCAAAGGGAAGCUGGCGCGAAAACUAUUCAGGAAGAAUCUAUCAAAAUGGUAAAGGCUGGAAGUGGAUGUGAAGAUGCCAGAAAGAUCGAACAGGUUUUGCUACAUGUGGGUGGUGAUGUUGACGCUGCAAUAGAAUUUCUUAUAGCAGAACAAGGACCUGAUGAUCACAUAGUUGACAAUUACAAAAUUUCUUGUCCAAUAGAAAACUCUUGUGCUGACCAUCGGGAUGAGGACUGUGAACAGAACAAGUUAAAAAUUGAUGACUCGGAAAGCAAACGAUUUUUACCUUGCAAUGAUAUGGAAGAAGAGAACAGCUCUCAACAUGAUGAAAAGAAAAUUCCAAGAAACAAGCCAUGCCCAUGUGGUUCGAAAAAGAAAUACAAAUCUUGUUGUGGAACAGUUUCUGCUAAAUCUUCUGCGAGAAUUGCAGUAAACCGGACAGUUGAGCAUGGCAAGAGUCGAAAAGACAGAAAGCAAGUUAGAAAAGGUGGGUCAAAUGCUUUGAAUUCCAUUCAAUCAGAUGGAGGGCCACCUGAUAUGGGUGCAUUAUGUAUCUAAUAACAUUUUCAGGUUUAUCAUUAACUGCUAUGCGCGGAUUUGCAAUUUAAGAGAAACAACCCUGACCCCUGUUUAACAGAGCGGAUACAGAAGGUCGACAUAUAUGUACUUGUAGCAUACCUGCCAGCACUCGGAAAAUAUAGGAAGGAAUGCUCGGCAAUGGCAGCUAAGAUUUUGAUUUUGGUGAUUCGUAAAAGGUCCAAAUACCAUAAAACCUUUGAUAUUUUGUGCUAAAUUUUGGUCCAUAUCUAAAUAUUCAUUCACUGUAUAUUGAUGGAUUUUCCCUAAUUAUGAUGUGAAACCCUACCUGAUUUAUAUUUGUUGGGCAUGUAUCAUUCAACAAUAAGCUAAGAAACAGUUGUCCGCCAGAUAUGAUUAA